GAGUAACAGCUGUGUACCCUCAGUGGCAAAAUGGAGUCAAUUUAAGAGACUUGGCAACAUUGUCUCCUAUCUUUCUUCACUGCCAUAAUAACUGCCAUGUAUAUCUUACACUAACGACAGAUCGGGUUACAUUCCUGAGGCGACAGAUGCGGUCGAAAAAGUGAUCAACUUUGUAGUUGACCCAGUUUGCUACGGUCCCAUUGAUAGCUUUAAAGUAUGUUAUCUUGAACAAUGUUAUCAGUGUUGUUACUUGUUAUCAUCAUUUAUACCGUUUAUAGCAAGCAAUAACUUUCUUAUUAUUUAUAACAAUUUUGUAUAUUAUAGGUUUUUGAACUUCUGUGCAGGCUUAUGCUGACUUCUAAGAUGGCUAGUUUUAAAGGUCUUAGAGUGGCUUUGAUACAGAUGUUAGUAGGAGAAGAUAAAUCAGAAAACCUUAAGAAAGCUGUCAACUUGAUAACUGAAGCAAAAAAAGAGAAUCCCAGAUUGGUCGCCCUACCUGAAUGCUUCAACUCACCGUAUGGAACAAAGUUCUUCCCUGAAUAUGCUGAACCUAUACCUGAAGGAGAGACUUGCAGUGUAUUGUCUGAAACGGCAAAGAAGAAUAAUUUAUAUUUAGUGGGUGGCUCCAUUCCUGAGAAAUGUGGAGAUAAAUUUUACAACACGUGUACAGUCUGGAGUCCUGAGGGAAAAUUGAUUGGCCUCCACAGAAAGAUGCAUCUGUUUGACAUCGAUGUGAAGGGAGGAGUAAGAUUUUGUGAGUCUGAUGUGUUGAGUUCAGGCAAUAAGCUGACAACGUUUGACGUCGACCAAUGCAAAGUAGGCGUUGCAAUAUGCUAUGACAUCAGAUUUUCUGAAAUGACAAAGCUUUACCGAAAACUAGGCGUUGACCUGCUGAUUUACCCGGCGGCAUUCAACACGACCACAGGGCCGCUGCACUGGGAGCUGUUGGCACGUGCGCGUGCGGUCGACGAGCAGGUGUUUGUGGCUGCCGUGUCCCCCGCCCAAGACCUGGCCGCCGACUACAAGGCCUAUGGCCACACCAUCCUUGUCAGCCCUUGGGGCAAGGUGCUGCACCAGGCCGAGUUCGCCGAGAAAACCAUUAUCGCCGAUAUAGAUUUGAAUGAGGUGACAAAUAUACGCCAGCAGAUACCUACAUUCAGUCAACGGAGAACUGAACUUUAUGAUACUAUUGCCAAAAGUUCUCUAUGAUGAGAAGUUGAUUUCAAUUGCAAUUUAUGCUGAGGAUGAUUCCCAAGUCCUGGACUUGUGCUUGGGUGAUAUGAGGGAAUUGAUUUGAGACUGAUGAUAAGCCUGUCAAAGUACCUGUUCUUCAACUGGUAAAGUUUCAUUUCAACUGUUAUUAAAACGAUUUAUUAUUGUUAUGAUUCAUUUUUUAUCCGUUGUUACUAUCUUUUUAAAAUUACCUUCACCCAUUUCUUAAGAUAAGACUAGUUUUCUUUAUUCUGUUUUCAUUUCUUGAAAUUAUGCCAUCAAUUUAAUUUUUUCUCAUCCUCUGUACUUAAUUUGUCUACCCAAACAAUGCCUGAAUGUAGACUUUCCUCACAUUGAACAAAUCUUAACAAUAAACAAUACCCAUUCAACAAGUCA